UUACUUUCUCUCUAUAUUUCUCUCCUGAUUUGGUUGUCUUUAUAUAAUCCCAUUUGUUCUCUAUUCUUCCAUUACUCAGUUUGCCAAUCCGGGUUUUCUUUCCUCUCCUUAUCCGGAUCCGAUCCAGUUACAGACAAGGAGAAAACAUUAAUCCUAGCACUUCUUGUUUCUGUGUACAAGAACUGCUAGGGUUCAAGUUCCGAGAAGCAUAUAUUGUUCUUUCAUAAUUGCGUUUGUCUUUUAGCUGUCUGAAUUUGGUCUUCCUCUAAUUUUGGAGCAUUAUUGGAAUAUGUAUUCAUCUCUCUAGUCUAAAAUCUCCAUUCUCAAAGAAAACUUCUUUCUUGCUGAGACAAUUUGGUUUUGCCAGGAAAUAAUUUAAGGUUUCAGAUUUGACUCAGGAUACUAUGAAUACUUUUCCACAUGUUCCUCCAGGGUUUCGAUUCCACCCAACUGAUGAAGAACUUGUUGAUUAUUACCUUAGAAGAAAGGUUACUUCAAGAAGGAUCGACUUCAACAUUAUUAAAGAUGUUGAUCUGUACAAAAUUGAGCCUUGGGAUCUUCAAGAGCUAUGCAGAAUAGGAGCAGAAGAGCAAAAUGACUGGUACUUCUUUAGCCACAAAGACAAGAAAUAUCCAACUGGAACACGCACAAAUAGGGCAACAACAGCAGGAUUUUGGAAAGCAACUGGUAGGGACAAGGCCAUUUACUCAAAGCACGAUCUAAUUGGGAUGAGGAAGACCCUGGUGUUUUAUAAAGGAAGAGCGCCAAAUGGUCAAAAAUCAGAUUAUAUUAUGCAUGAAUAUCGCCUUGAAACAGAUGAAAAUGGGACUCCACAGGAAGAAGGUUGGGUUAUCUGCAGAGUGUUCAAGAAGAGGAUAGCCAGCAUGCAUAGAGUCAGUGAGCAUGACUCGCCAAUUUGGUAUGACGAUCAAGUUUCAUUCAUGCCGGAAAUCGACUCACCGAAACAGCAGAAUCUGGAUUACCACUAUCCUUAUAAUUCCUCCAAGAAGGAGCUUGAUUUACAGUAUCAAAUGCCACCUGAUCUGCACUUUCUGAAUCAGCUUCCACUUCUCGAAAGCCCAAAAAUGGUGCAGCCACCAACCAGCAUGAGUUGCAGCUCAAUUUCAACCUAUGGCGGCAUUCACAUAAACAAUUUAUCACACUCUUUUCAGUCAUCAAUCCAAAGCCACGAUCAGCACAACUUUCACUCAGUUUACAGAAACAGUACUACUGAACAACCUGCAGGAGAUCAAAUGACGGAUUGGCGCGUACUUGACAAGUUUGUCGCGUCCCAACUCAGCCACGAAGAGGAUGUUUCUAAGGAAAAUGACUAUUCCAAUGCAGCAGAUGCCGCCUUCCAUGGAGGCACCGAUGAAUCCAAUAUGAUGAUGAUCACACACUUGAACAAGCAAGAAACAGCACCAGAAACUAAUGCCUCGACCUCAUCCUCCAGUUGUCAAGUUGAUCUGUGGAAAUGAAUCCAAUAAAACCAAUAUGCAAACACUAUAUAUAUACUGAUCAUAUAAGCAUACAGAUGUUGAGGGUAAACAUCAUUAAUUUGUCCAGUUUCUUGUAAAUAAUAAAGCUAAAAUUAUAUUAUAAACUAACUACUGAACCUUGGACUGCCCACCUAGGAUUAAGUUAAACGGAAUGUUUUAGAGGACUAGAUAGAAGAGUGAACAAGAUUUUAGCUUCUUUUUCAUUUUUAAUCCCGUCCCCUUCUAUCCACUACAACACACCAAACGUGUCAUACAAGUAUAACGCAUGUAGCCAAGAUGUUAUUCUUGUAAGAUAAGGGCUGUACUUUGCUGCAAUAGUUGGAAUUGCAGCAUUCCAAUAUGAAAUGAUCUGAUAACCACAGAUUCUUUA